AUGAAUGAGCCACUAGACAAUUUUGCAAAUGUUUCUGACUUCCCCGAUUAUGCAGCGCAGUUUGGAAAUUGCACUGAUGAAAAAAUCCCACUCAAGAGGCACUAUCUCCCUGUUACUUAUAGCAUCAUCUUCCUGGUGGGCUUUCCAGGGAAUGCAGUAGCAAUUUCCACUUACAUUUUCAAAAUGCGGCCCUGGAAAGGCAGCACCGUCAUCAUGCUGAACCUGGCCUGCACGGACCUGCUGUAUCUGACCAGCUUCCCUUUCCUGAUUCACUACUACGCCAGCGGCGAAAACUGGAUCUUUGGGGAUUUCAUGUGCAAGUUUAUCCGCUUCGGCUUCCAUUUCAACCUAUAUAGCAGCAUCCUCUUCCUCACCUGCUUUAGCAUUUUCCGAUACUUCGUGAUCAUUCACCCCAUGAGCUGCUUUUCCAUUCACAAAACUCGAUUGGCCGUGGUGGCCUGCGCUAUGGUGUGGAUCGUUUCACUGGUGGCCGUCAUUCCCAUGACCUUCCUGAUCACGUCAACCACCGGGACCAACAGAUCCGCCUGCCUUGACCUCACCAGUUCGGAUGACCUCACCACCAUCAAAUGGUACAAUCUAAUUUUGACGGCCAUUACGUUCUGCCUUCCCCUGGUGAUAGUGACACUUUGCUAUACGAUGAUCAUCUACACCCUAACGCAGGGACCUCACAAUCACAGCGGCCUGAAGCAGAAAGCUAGAAGGCUAACCAUUCUGCUACUCCUUGUGUUUUACAUCUGCUUUUUACCCUUCCACGCCCUGAGGGUCAUCCGGAUCGAAUCUCGCCUGCUUUCCAUCAGCUGCUCUGUUGAGAAUCAGAUCCAUGAAGCCUACAUCGUUUCUAGACCCUUGGCUGCCCUGAAUACCUUCGGUAACCUGCUACUGUACGUGGUGGUCAGUGACAACUUCCAGCAGGCCAUCUGCUCGAUGGUGAGAUGUAAAGCAAGUGGGGACCUAGAGCAAGCAAAAAACAUCAGUUACUCAAACAACCCUUGA